GGAUGACAGAUCUACACCCCGCGAUCGCCCUCAUCUCGACAUUCCCUCACGUCUCACCAUCCAUCAAUCCACAACAGUCGAUUCACCCAAAAUGGCACGAACACCAGUUUCUACAAAGAAGGCCCCCGCUGUGCCGCAAAGCUUGAUGAACCAGGCCAUCAUCGCCAAUGGCUUCGUCUUCACAUCCGGCGGCGUUGCAAUGGACCCCAAGACGGGCAAGAUUAUUGACGGCGACAUCGAAGCUCACACACGCCAAAUCAUUUCUAACCUCGGCGCCAUUCUUGAGGAAGCUGGUUCGAGCCUGAAUGAUGUGAUUGAGGUCAACAUUUACUUGUCUGAUAUGAAGUACUACGCCAAGAUGAACGAGGUCUAUGCUGAGUAUUGGGGUGAUGUCAAACCUGCUAGAACAUGUGUUGCUGUCAAGAGUCUUCCGAUGAACGCCAAUAUUGAGAUCAAGUGUGUUGGAGUCGUUACCAAGCCCAAGUCAAAGCUGUGAAGGAGGAAGCCGCUGCUUGGAGACCGCCUCUGGCUGUAGGUACAGGCUCGCGAUGAUGUUCCAUAACUCGUAGUUUUUAGGUACAGCCUCUAUGACACUUGACUUGCAAGACCAUGUUUUCUCGGGUCAAUUCGUUAGAUCUUGUGUAUUCUACCCAUUCUACAAGCAUACCGAUUCCGUGAGUAGGCGGCUUCUCCAUGCUAUGAUGUUGUUCAGGCACGCAAAGGAAACGAGUGAAUCCUUCUCACACUGAAAGCUCAGGCGUGGUUUGUGAUGAGGACAGACUCUCUCCUGGGUGCGGGUGAUGCUGGCUAUAUAGAACCAACU